AUGUUGUCCUUUGCCCACCUCCAAUUCGGCACCCUGCUCCAAGCCACCUUUCUCCUCGGCAUGAACACAGCCUUGUCCACUAUCUCAAUCCCAUCCAUCCUCGAAUCUCCUUCUCCAAUUCUCGCAAUUCGGCAAUGGCACUACCAGUUCCGCGUUGCACAAGUCCCUGCUACUUCACUCUCGGCAUCCAACCUUGUCUUGUCCGCCAUCAUGACAUACGGUUCCUCUACUAGACAGGGACUUACGGGAAAGGCGACCAUCAUCUACGGCGUUAGUAGUGUGUUGGCGUUCCUGAUCUUCCCAUUCACGCUUCACUACAUGAACCCGGUGAAUGACGUAUUGAUUGAGAAGUUCAAAGCGCAGAAAGAUUUGCAUUACGCGGAUCUACCAGAGAAGGGCAGGGGGAUGCAAACUGCGAGGGAUCACGAUAAGAUCGCCUACUGGGGCUACCUGAACCGUGUGAGGAUCGUGCUUUAUGCUGGGUUCGUGGCUUGCAAUGCUGCUGCUAUUCUGGUCUAG